CUGUCAGUUGCGUGUAUUGUUGCGCUGAUAUCGCUUGGUUUUAGCGCAUUUAAUUUUGAUAAUCCAUUGCCAAUUUGUACAUACUUUAUAUUCAUCACUCGUAUCAACUUCUCGUUUUACUCUGCAAAAAACUUUCAUUGCCUACUGAUUGGACUUGAUAAAGAUGAUUUUUCUUGUGAGAUUCCAAUCCUUUUCUGUAAACUGCAUCUUUGUGUAGUAACGCUCUCGUAGGCACGUACUUAGCGCCUGGGCAUCAGCACUUUCUCUCGCUGAUGCUUUGCCAGUCUUGAGUAAUUGGUACUGUAGUUAUUUGUGUGCAGAGGGUCCAACGGAAAGCGACAUUGAAGUAACCGUAUGUUAGUGUAUGAAUAAAUAAUUUUAAGAAGUAUCGUGUAGUGUGAUGUGCCAGUGAUGGUUGAGCGGGACGGGAUGCGGCGCGGUGGCAGCAGCAGCGGAGGCGGCGGAGGGUGCAGCUGGGGCGGCGGCAUGCUUGGCCGCUGGUCCCUACGGCGCUUGUUGUUGGAUAGUCCACUUGUGGGUAGAAGGCUUGCACACUCAGUGUUGGAUCAAGGCGAUGCGCGACAAGCGAAGCAAACCGCCCCAGAACCCCCUACACAGAUCAGACAGUUUGUAGUACGAGUGGUCACCGAAGAUGAACUGCGUGCCGAAACGGUGGAGUGCCCUUUGUGCCUGUCACCGUUCAACCGCGGGUUGAUGGUGCGGCUGGCGUGGUGCUCGCACCGAUGCUGCGAAUCCUGCCUGCGACAAUACCUCGCUAUCGAGAUCUCAGAGGCCCGUAUGCCCGUCAACUGCCCCGUAUGCCAUGAGAACAUGCAUCCACAAGAUGUGCGUCGUAUCGUGGAUAACCAGACGUUGUACGACAAAUACGAGGAGUUUUCAGUGCGGCGCGCGCUCGCUGCAGACCCCGACACCAGGUGGUGUCCGGCGCCUGACUGCAGUUUCGCUGUGGUGGCGACCGGGUGCGCGUCGUGUCCGAAACUGACUUGCCAGGCGCCGGGGUGCGGCGCGUCUUUCUGCUACCACUGUAAGGCGGCGUGGCAUCCCACGCAGACGUGCGACGCUGCGCGCCGCAGCCGACAUCCGCCGCCGCGACAGCCGGCCCCGCAGCAAGCUGACAUGGAGCAUGGCGAGGUGAAGCCGUGCCCGCGGUGCUCGGUGCUGAUCGUGAAGGUGGAGGACGGCUCCUGCAAUCACAUGGUGUGCUGCGUCUGCGGCGCAGAGUUCUGCUGGCUCUGCAUGAAGGAGGUCUCCGAUUUGCACUACCUUAGUCCCAGCGGGUGCACGUUCUGGGGCAAGAAGCCGUGGUCACGCAAGAAGAAGUUACUGUGGCAGCUCGGCACACUGGCGGGCGCGCCGCUCGGCAUCGCCGUAGUGGCGGGCGUCGCCCUCCCCGCGCUGCUGGUCGGCCUGCCGCUGUGGGCGGGCCGCCGCGCGCACCGCCGCCUGCGCCGCGCCUCGCCCGCGCGACGCCGCGCCGCUGUAGCCGCCGCCGUCGCCGCCGCGUUACUCGUAUCCCCGCUGGUGGCGGGCCUCGCGGUGGGCAUCGGCGUGCCCAUCUUGCUGUUCUACGUGUACGGCGUGGUGCCGGUGUCGCUGUGUCGCGCUGGGGGCUGCGCCGCCGCCCCGCCGCCGCAGCCCUACGAGGAGGAGCGCGACGUCGCACCCGACGCGGACGCCGCCUCCAGACGACUCGAGCCCAGCAUCGGCGACGCAUCGCUGUCUGCGGGGUCGCAGCAGGCGGAGGCUCGCGCGCCCUCGCUGGCGGCGCUGGCGGGCUCCCUGGGCGGGCACGAGGCGCACUCGCCCUCGCCCGCCGCGCACCGCCUCGAGGUGACCGCGGACGUGGCCGCCGCCGACACCGCCAGCGCCGCCAGCGCAGCCUCCUGGCCCGACGACCUGCCCUCCACCUCCUCGCGCUCCGCCCGCCUCCGCAGCCUCUUUCUAUACGGCGCGCCCGCCCCGCCCGCACCGCCCGACCUCGAGGCGGGCACUUGCGCCCCGCCUCCUGCGCCGCACGACCCGCCCACAGCGCCGCACACCCCGCCCGCCGCCCUCCUAGCCACGGAUGCCUCGUAACGAACGCGAGCCGCACCCUCGCCGGCUUGCAGCACCACCUACAUCACGACCACAACCACAUCGAGUGAGAAGAUACAUGUAGAGAAGUGACUGUGUACACACAGCUAGGGUUGUGACCAGACGUCAUUGUGAUAUAUCGAGUGAGUCGAGUGCCGGAGAGAGACAGGACUGUCGAUAGUGUUUUAUGAGUGCGGUCGCCGAGAGAAUGAGCAAUUAUUUAAGAGUAAUUUGUGAAACGGCAAUUAAAUAUGUUUCAAUUAAUUUAUAGUCGUUACUUGAUUCAAUAGUGGAGUUAAAUUCGGCUCUUUUGGAGAACUAAGUCAUAGAUUAUAAAUAGUGAUUGAAUAAAACGAAAGCAACGAAUCGAAGUGGAGACAGUGUGAUCGAGCCAUUACGUAAAUAAGUUGAUUGCGAUAACUAUCGAUGUUUUUAAAUUAGAGUUUACGUUUAUCGAUAUGUGUCCCAUCUCUAGUCCUACCAUUCCAGAGGAUGUCGAGAUGAAGAGAUCGUGGCAGCUGUGAGCUGACUUAAGCUAUGUCUCAGUUGAACUUAAAGACACUUAAGUGCCAAGUGAAAUGUUUGAAUGUACCGAGUUUUGAGGAUCUCUUCGGGGUUUAUUUAGUUAGCUGUUUGAGACAUGACAAAUAAUUUUUAAUAUGAUUGGCUGAUUUGGGCCCCUUUAAGUUCACGAUAACAAAGCAAGAACAAUAUCUAUUCCUAUAUUCUUUCUUUUCUAAAAUUUAUGUAACUAUUUCUUAAUAUUUUACUUUUAAUGUUUCUUUUAUAACUAAAUGUGAACACUCUCUCACUCUAA